AUGCCUACUGACAUCGACAGUAGGCCGGAAUCAGAAGAAUCCAGUUUCGAAUCCCCGGAGCAGGACAAUCAGACCGAAGCAAUUCAGUUGGCCGAAGAUAAUACAGAAAGAUGUGUCAGCAUCGGGCUAGGGCUUGAGCCGGAUGUCCGCGCUGAACUACUCCGUCUCCUUCGCGCCAACGAAGAAGUGUUCGCUUUCUCGGCAGCAGAAAUGCCCGGGAUUGAUCCGAAUUAUAUCUCCUAUCAGCUUAACGUCGACCCCACAAGCCGACCCAUUAAGCAGAAAAAGCGGAAUUACUCCGCACAAAAGAACCUUGAAAUUGCAGCUGAAGUCAGAAAACUCUUGGAUGCUGGGUUCAUCGAACCUUGUCAGUAUCCGGAAUGGCUGGCCAACGUUGUAAUGGUUCAGAAGGCCAAUGGCAGCUGGAGAAUGUUCAUCUCCAAGGCCUCGGAUAAAGGUCUACCCUUCUUCAAUGCGCUCAAACUUCCCAAAUCAAAAGAGCUCAAUUGGGGAGACGAGCAAAAGCAAGCCUUUCAGCAACUCAGAGAGCACCUGGCACAACUUUCAACGCUGGCAAGACCAGCCGAGGGAGACACCUUGUAUUUAUAUGUGGCAGUAAGCCCGGCCUCAGUAAGUGCAGUGCUACUGAGAGAAGAAGAAAAAACCCAACAGCCGAUCUACUUCGUUAGUCAUACUUUGACGGGAGCCGAGACUCGCUAUCCCUUACUCGAAAAAGUGGCAUAUGCAGUGGUGGUAGCUGCUCGGAAGUUAAGACCCUAUUUCGACUCUCAUCAGAUAGUGGUUCUAACUGAUCAGCCGCUGGAAAAAGUCCUCGGAAAAGUGGAAAAAUCUGGCAGAUUAACAAAGUGGGCCUUCGAGCUCACUGAGUUCAGUAUCAAUUACCAGCCGAGGGCAGCAAUAAAGGCGCAAGCCUUGGCGGAUUUCUUGGCCGAGUGUUCUUACCAAGAGACGCUCAACGAGGAAAAGAAAAUAUGGACCGUUUUCACGGAUGGAUCUGCCACUGUGAAUGGUUCGGGGGCAGGGGUUGUCAUAACCUCACCCGAAGGAAAAACCUUCGAGUAUGCACUGAAGUUCUCCUUCAAAGCUUCGAACAACGAAGCCGAAUAUGAGGCCGCCAUUGCAGGCUUGGAACUAUGCAUCUCGUUGGAGGCAGAACAUAUCUGCCUCAAAACAGACUCUCAACUCGUUGCAAAUCAGAUUAAAGGCGAGUAUGAAGCCAAAGAACCUUCUAUUGUGGCUUAUCUCGCAAAAAUCAAAAGCAUCAUUGCCCAGCUGAGAACUGUUGAAGUUGAGCUGAUCCCAAGGGGUCAAAAUGCUCAAGCCGACGCACUCUCCAAAUUAGCAAGCUCAACCCUGACUGAGCUGAACAGAUCUGUCUAUGUGGAGGUGCGCCGAGGGAAAAGUGUUGGCGAAGCAGCUUCCGUCUGCAACGCUACACCAGAGCCGAGCUGGAUGGAUCCCAUCCUCGCUUACAAGCUCAGGGAAGAACUUCCCGAGGAUAAGAAGUUGGCUUCAAAAAUAAAGAGGAUAAGCUCCAGAUUCAUUGUUUUCGGCAGCCAGCUUCUCAAAAAAUCCUUCUCCGCGACAUUGCUGAAAUGUGUAGGCCCGAUAGAUGCAGAUUACAUUCUUCGAGAAAUACACCUCGGCAUCUGCGGUAACCACAUUGGCGGAAGAACCUUAGCUCAUAAAGCUCUAAGGACAGGGUACUUUUGGCCAACAAUGAUCUCGGAUGCAAAAUGCCUGGUCCAGAAAUGCGAAAAAUGUCAAAAAUUCGCUCCGGUUAUUCAUAGGCCAUCUAGAGAUCUUCAGCCGGUCCUCAAUCCCCUUCCAUUUGCGCAGUGGGGACUGGACAUUUUGGGUCCUUUUCCCGAGGCUCCAUAUAAGAAAAAAUGGCUGAUAGUUGGCAUCGACUAUUUCAGCAAAUGGGUUGAAGCCGAAGCAGCUUCAAACAUUACCGAGCAAACUGUCAGACAGUUCAUCUGGCAGAAUAUCAUAACCCGGUUCGGCAUUCCUAAAGUCUUCGUGUUCGACCAUGGGAGGCAGUUCGACAACUUACCUCUGCGCCGAUACACAGAUCAAUUCGGAAUCAAACUGGCCUACUCUGCGGUCUGUCAUCCACAGAGCAAUGGCCAAGCCGAAGCCGCAAAUAAGCAAAUCCUCAAUGCUCUCAAGAAAAGAGUAGAGGAUCAAAAGUCCAAGUGGAUAGAGGAGCUUCCAGGAACCCUCUGGUCACUUCGGACAACCGAAAAAGAAGCAACGGGCCAUACACCCUUCCAACUAGUGUAUGGAUCCGAGGCAGUGCUUCCAGUGGAAGUAGGCUCAGAAAGUCUCCGAGUUAGUCUCUUCUCAGCCGAGGAAAAUGACCAAGUCAAGAAAGAAUCCCUUGACUUCCUUGACGAGAUCAGGGACUCAGCUCGGGAAAGAAUGGCUGCCUAUAAACUCAGAAUAAGCAAGUCCUACAAUCGAAAAGUCUAUCAAAGACCUCUUAAAAUUGGGGACUUAGUUCUGAGAAAUGCUGCAGCUGUGCUGAAGCAAAAGAAAAGGCAAAAAGCAGAUGCGGGAUGUAACAAGCUAAGCUGA